ACCGUUGGUUCAUGUUCUUGAACUACUAGCCUAUUCAUACCAAAAAAAGCCAUAUUAUAGAAAAGGAGAACCCCAGAAUUUUCAGCUCCAUAUUUCGUGCUCUAUACUUUCUUGGCUCAGCCAUGAUAUUUGGCUCGUAAGGCAUUUAAGCUGAUUUGCAGUUUGGCACAUUCAAAAAGUAGAUGGCCACCUUAUCUUUAACAGUUGGGAAUUGUGGAAAAGGCAGAAAUUCAGAGGACCUCACUUCUGAAUUUGUGCCACACUUGUCUCUUGGUAGUGUAUUUCUUACCAAAAGGUUGUAUGGCCUGAAUUUGAAGGAUUUGGAUGGUCCCAAACUAAGGACACGGAAGAAAUUCCGCGUUGGUGCUGAAAUAAAGAAGUGGAAGAAGCAUGAUUACCCCUGGCCUGGUGAUAUUGAUCCAAACACUAAGACACCCUUAAAGUAUCUUUCCUUCUUUAAACCUCUUGAUGAGAAACCAAAACCAGUCACACUUGCCUUUGAGAAGCCAUUGGUUGAUUUAGAGAAACAGCUUAUUGAGGUGCGUAGGAUGGCUGAAGACACUGGAUUGGAUUUCACUGAUCAGAUUAAUGCUUUGGAAGCCAAGUAUCAACAGGCCCUGAAGGACUUGUACACUCAUUUGACACCCAUUCAACGCCUCCAAAUUGCUCGACACCCUAAUAGACCAACUGUUCUUGAUCAUAUACUAAAUAUGACAGAGAAGUGGGUAGAGCUCCAUGGAGAUCGUGCUGGCUAUGACGAUCCAGCCAUGAUUACUGGCAUUGGGAGCAUUGAAGGAAGAAGUUACCUCUUCAUUGGCCACCAGAAAGGUAGAAAUACAAAAGAAAACAUCAUGCGAAACUUUGCAAUGCCAACUCCUCAUGGCUACAGAAAGGCUUUGAGAAUGAUGAAAUAUGCUGAUCAUCAUGGCUUCCCUAUUGUUACAUUUGUAGACACACCAGGCGCUUUUGCUGAUUUAAGAUCUGAAGAGCUAGGUCAGGGUGAGGCUAUAGCCCACAAUUUAAGGACAAUGUUUGGGCUGAAAGUUCCAAUCAUAACGAUUGUAACUGGUGAAGGUGGUUCAGGCGGUGCUCUUGCUAUUGGAUGUGCAAACAAGUUGUUAAUGUUGGAAAACUCAGCGUUUUAUGUUGCUAGUCCUGAAGCUUGUGCUGCAAUAUUGUGGAAAUCUUCACAAGCAGCUCCAAAGGCAGCUGAAAAACUGAGGAUCACAGCUCAGGAACAUUACAGGCUCAAGAUAGCUGAUGGUAUUAUUCCUGAACCUCUGGGUGGUGCCCAUGCCGAUCCUUUCUGGGCGUCUCAGCAGAUUAAACAUGCAAUUGUCGAGGCUAUGGCGGAACUUGGAAGGAUGAACACUGAACAGUUGCUUCACCACCGGAUGCUUAAAUUUCGUUCAAUUGGAGGUUUCCAGGAGGGCAUUCAGGUUGAACCUGAAAGGAAGCGCAAAAUGAAGCCAUCCGAGGUUAACACACAGCCUGCUGAUUUGGAAUCAGAGCUUGCAAAUCUUAGGAAGAAGAUUCUAGAAGCUAAGGGACCAUCUGAUCCUGUUACAACCCAAGUCCUUGAGAAGCUCCAAGAAGAUCUAGAUACUGAGAUAACAAAGGCAUUCAUAGCUAUGGGCUUGCAGGAUAAGAUUGAAUCUCUAAAACUAGAGUUGCAAAGAGCUCCUAUUCCGGAUCAACCACUUAACAAGUCUUUGCAGGAGAAAGCUAAUAAGAUUAUGCAAGAAUUUAAGCAGAAGCUGUCACAACCUGGCGCAUAUCUUGGUUUAAAGCAAAAGCUCCACACUGUGGAGAUGGCUAGCAAGCUCAUCGAGCAGAAGAAUAAAAUUGAGAAACUAAAAACUGAUGUCAACCAGAAAAUUCCAACAACUGUAAAAGCCAAGCUAGAGCUUUUAAAUGCAGCUUCUCAAAAGCUAUCAAACGGCGAACCUUUGGAUACAAAUCUGGUGGAGGAAGUAGAAAAAGCUAAGAAAGAGCUGGAGGAUGUUCUAAAGUCAGCUAACCUGGAAAUAGUAGGCACGCGCAAAAGGACGAACGUUGCUGCUCCUCCAGAAUUGGAAGAGGAUUUGGCAAAGGUAAAUGAGGAGAUAAAGGAGGAGAUUCAAAGAGCUGUGACUAGAUCAGGUCUUAGUGAGAAGAUUGAAGAGUUGAAGCUGGAGAUUGUGAAGGAUUCCAGCUCAGAAAAGGUAAAAGAGCUGGAAACUGAGAUCAGGGAAGGGAUUGCUGCUGCCCUUAGUGUCACCCCACUGAAAGAAAAGGUUGAAAGUCUAAGAGAGAAGCUGGCACUAUCUUCCAAGGAUGAUAUAGAAAGUAAAGUUGGUGCAGAAAAUGGAAGAUGGUAAGACUAGCUCAUGAAUUUUUUCUUGUGCUUGGACAUGUCUAAGAGUUUUUCGGUCCCUCCUAAGACAUGCCGAAUAUUUCUUUUACUCAAUAUUACAAUUCUUGGUAGUUGAUAUAAGAAAAUUAAACUGAGAAGAGGAAACAUAUGGCAUUGAUGUCCCUAAUGGUGUACUUUAUGUGUAUAUGAUUUGGUUUUUUCAUUGAUGUAUGAAUAGCUUUAUCUCUUGCUAUAAGUAUUGAUAAUCUGCACUUGGAUGAUUUUAUGCUUAUAAAAUAUAUGGAUUACAGAUGUAAA